GAGAAACGCUUCCGGGUUUGAUUCUGCGCAUGCUUAACAGACACGUGCGUCUAUCCAACUGUAUUUUUGGGGGAAACCUGGAUUGAGUCACGUGAUUUUUUUAAAUGUAAACAUUGCAGACACGUGUGAUGUCCUGUUAUUAAGCGCCGCUGUUCAGGAAGAACUGUUACGCAUGAUCGCGUGCAGAACUCGGUGAUGAUGUAAUGCUGUGUUACUGCCGGUAGACGUGAACACACGGGAACACAUACGUGAACGCUCGAGAAGCCCUACUGUGUGGCGGCUCAUGGAAGGCGCGCGCUGGGCGUUCCGGUUCGGCGCGUGGAGCCCGAGCCGGGCGGAGUGGAUGCUGGCCGCGCGCUGCGUUCAGCCCGAGGAGAGAGAGAGGAUCAAGCAGUUCAUGUUCACCAAAGACGCCAAAGCAGCCAUGGCUGGCCGUCUGUUGAUCAGGAAGCUGGUGUGUGUGAAGACGGGUCUCCCAUGGGACGAGUUCCGCUUGGACCGGACGAGCAGAGGGAAGCCCUACGUGGCCCAUCCUUCCCCCGGAACAAGCUCCGUCCCCUGGAGCUUCAACGUCUCUCACCAGGGCGACUUUGCCGUGCUGGCGGCGGAACCCGGGAGGCAGGUGGGAGUGGACGUGAUGAAGACCACCAGACCAGGCAGCAGCUCUGUGCCGGAGUUCUUCCGCGUCAUGAAGCGCCAGUUCACCAAUUUCGAAUGGUGCACCAUCCGUCCUGCACAGUCCGAAUGGGACCAGCUGCACCUUUUCUACAGACACUGGGCUCUGAAGGAGAGCUUCAUUAAAGCGAUUGGCUCAGGCCUCGGCUUCAACCUGCAGAGGGCGGAGUUUCAUAUCGCGCUUCGAAUGGAGGAGGGACGUGUCUCCUGUGAGACCAGAAUGCACCUGGACGAGGAGGAAGAUGAGGACUGGAUAUUCGAGGAGUGUUUGCUGGACGAGCACCAUCACGUCGCGGUGGCGCUGGGAAAACCCGACAACGGCGUCCCGAACGAUGCUGGGACACCCCGAGAGGCCACGCCGCAUGGGUUCACUGUUCUGAGCUUCAGAGAGCUGAUCGCGGAGGCCACGCCCCUCUCCGAAGAAGAUCCCGCCCACUGGGAGAGUUUUCGGAGGAAACAGGAGGCACCGCUGCGGCAGAGCGAAGGAUAGGGGCCUUUUUGUGUGUGUGUGUGUGUGUGUGUGUGUGUGUGUGUAAUAAAGUACACCUGAGUAAAAUGCAA